GCAACUUUCUCACUUGAAGUAUAUGUUUGUAAGAGUAUAGAUAUGCUAUUUCAUGAACUGCUUGGCUAGUUAAAAAACAUAGCUUAACGAUAUAAAUCUAUGAGGUUUUCCACGUGGACAGUAGCUGAAAGAAAGCAGACAUUGCUGGAAAAGUCUUGGCGAAUUAAAAUUCAUUCCUAUAAUACGUGGGAUAGGUAUGUGUACCUAGUUCUAGUUUUUACUCUUUUCUAAUGCAAAAAACAAAACCGUUUUUAAUUUUAUUUUGUAAUGGUAAAGUGAUAUACGACGUUAUUUAUAAUGUGGUUGGGUUACUUAAAAGUCUAUAAUAUAAAAUCGAUUGGAGAUCUGUAAAGACCUUUAAGAGAGUUUUAAAAUUUGCUUAUUUGUUUUAUACUCGCUUUGCUAUGCUUUAGACUACAUUUGUUUUUCUUUAUUGGGUGGCUGCUCUCCAUCCAAGACUCAAUGCGUUCAUUACUGCGCUAUAACGCUAGUGGAGAGAGCAAGCCAGAGAAGGCGAGUCUCCACUUGAUCAAGGACAGUGUUAAGGUUCUGUUCCUGGACUGCUCAGCAAGAGGUCUAGUAGAAUUCCCCCUGGGUCUGCUGCAGCUGAAUAACCUGGAGGAGCUGCACCUGGAGAGGAAUCUGAUCCAGGCUGUACCUCAAGAUAUCCGCUUGCUACAGAAACUCCAGGUGCUGUACCUCCAAGAGAACUCUCUGAACCAUGUCUGCGAGGAGCUGGGGCAGCUGUCACAACUACGAUCCCUGGACCUGAGCAACAACCCGCUGGCCAGCAGUGGUCAGCGCCCCCUGCUGGCGGCGGUCCAAAGGCUAAGCGAGCUGCGGGAGCUGAGGCUGCAUGGCCUGGGUCUCACGGAGCUCGCCGAGGGUAUCUGCAAGACCCUCCACAAGCUGGAGCUCCUGGGGCUCUCUGGAAACAACCUGGCCGUGCUCCCCACCGAGAUAUCCAACCUGCGCUGCCUGAGGGAGAUCUAUCUGCGUGGGAACAGGCUGGAGGCCCUGCCCACCGGGCUCUGCGAUCUACCCCACCUGGAGAUCAUCGAUGUGGGCCACAACUCACUGGUGUCCCUGAACAACAAGGCCCGCGGGCACUCCUGGAGAAAGCUGUUCCUGGGUUUCAACGGGUUCUCCUCCUUCCCCAAGUCCCUCUGUCACCUUGGGCAACUGACCAUCCUGGACAUGUCGCAUAAUGGCCUGACCCGACUCCCCCGGCCCUUCCACAACCUCACUAGCCUGGUGGAGCUGGGGCUCUCCGAUAACCCACUGCGCACCUUCCCACCACAGAUCUGCUACCUCCCCUCCCUAAGGGUUCUGUACCUGAGGAACACCAAACUCUCUGGCCUUCACCCCAACCUCAGCCACCUCCACAAUUUGCAGGUGCUGGACCUGAGUCAGAACCGGUUUGCUGAGUUUCCGAAUGAAAUCUGCUCCCUGACCAGCCUGGAGCAGCUGUCAUUUGAUGACAACUACUUGAAAGAGAUUCCUGCGAGUAUUAAGGUACUGUCCAUGCUGAAAUGUCUUGGACUGACAGGCAACCAGUUUCCUUCCUUCCCGGAGGGGGUGUGCAGCCUGCAGUCACUGGAGAGGCUUUAUCUAGGCCAAGACCAGGGGCUCAAGUUCAUUUCUGUCCAUGAGGACAUCUCUCACCUCCGGAGUCUCAGGGAGCUGUACCUUGAGAACAACAGUAUUGAAUGUCUCCCAGAGUCCAUUGGAGACCUACAGAUAUUAGAAAUCCUGGACUGCCACAGCAACCGACUUACGACAAUACCAGAUUCCCUCUGCGGUUUAAAUGGUUUGACAGAGCUCAGGCUGCAGGGGAACCGGCUGAGCCACCUGUCGCACCGACUUACCAAACUGCAGAGCCUGAAGGUCCUUCUGCUGGAAGGAAACCCCCUCACAGACCCCCCCACAGAGGUCUGUGCACAGGGCUUGGCUGCCAUUAAGCACUACCUGCAGGCAAAGGCCCAUCUACUCACCAUGGCUACAAAGGUCCAGGCGUGGUGGAGGGGGGUGAUGGUGCGACGGAGGCUGGGGCCUUUCAAGUGUCUCCAGAGCAAAAAGAAAGGAAAGCAGAAGAAAAACAAAGACAAGAAGAAGAAACCUGGAGGCAAAGCAAAGAAAGGGCCAAACAAGAAAAAAUAAAGCAGACUGCUUCAAUCAAGUUAUGUUAAAUUGUGCGCUUUUGUUUUUUUCCCUUUAUUAUCAUUAUGCAAAUGUGCAAAAUUCAUUUGAAAAUUUUCAUUAAAAAUGUGUGCAUUACAAAACAAAGUUGACCAGAAAAUGUAUCAGACCACAAGAAAUGUGAACUCUUCCUUAUACAGUUGGUAGACUGUAAAAUAUGUUCAUGACUUGUAUGGUAUAUGUCUGGAAAAUAGAGAAAGUAUGAAAUAGUAAACAGCUAUGUGAAAUGUAAACAAUUGCAAUGUUUACAGUGAAACACCAUGCUACAUAGAACAUUUGUUAGACAUACAGCCUGCUACCAUAUGCUUAACAUAUUGUUACUGUUAUUUAUACAGCAAA